GGCUCUCAAGGCAGAGUCUCUUCUCAAAGGCUGUUUCACAGUGAAAAUAUGCUCAGUGCAGCCGAGUGCAUGAAUGAAAAAGCCUCUGGUACGUUCUAGUCUGGCAAAAUGCAGCACAAAACUCAACUUACUCUGUCCUUUCUGCUGUCCCAGGUUCUGUUGCUUGCGUGUGCAGAAGAUUUAGAAUGCACCCCUGGAUUCCAGCAAAAGGUUUUUUAUAUUGAACAGCCAUUUGAAUUCACAGAGGACCAGCCAAUUCUGAACCUGGUGUUUGAUGACUGCAAGGGGAAUAACAAAUUGAACUUCGAAGUUUCUAACCCAGACUUUAAGGUGGAACACGACGGGUCUUUAGUUGCACUGAAGAAUGUAUCAGAAGCUGGCAGAGCUUUGUUUGUCCACGCACGAUCUGAGCAUGCUGAGGAUAUGGCAGAAAUUUUGAUUGUUGGAGCUAAUGAGAAGCACGGUGCAUUAAAGGAAAUCUUUAAGAUAGAAGGCAACCUUGGAAUUCCAAGACAAAAAAGAGCUAUUCUGGCAACUCCAAUAUUAAUUCCAGAAAAUCAAAGACCACCAUUUCCCAGAUUAGUUGGCAAGGUCAUCAGCAGUGAAGGGACAGAGGGAGCAAAGUUCCGACUCUCUGGUAAGGGAGUAGAUCAAGACCCGAAAGGAAUUUUUAGAAUCAAUGAGAUCAGUGGGGAUGUCUCUGUGACCCGACCCCUGGAUAGAGAAACAAUAGCCAACUAUGAGCUGGAAGUUGAAGUAACAGAUUUAAGUGGGAAAAUCAUCGAUGGCCCAGUCCGCCUAGAUAUUUCUGUUAUUGAUCAAAAUGAUAACAGGCCAAUCUUCAAAGAAGGACCCUAUAUUGGUCAUGUCAUGGAGGGAUCCCCUACAGGAACAACUGUGAUGCGGAUGACAGCACUUGAUGCUGAUGAUCCUAGCACAGACAACGCUGUGCUGCGGUAUAACAUCCUCAAACAGACACCUACCAAACCUUCCCCAAAUAUGUUCUAUAUUGACCCAGAAAAGGGAGAUAUUGUCACAGUGGUGUCACCUGUACUGCUGGAUCGCGAGACAAUGGAAACGCCAAAGUACGAGCUGGUUAUUGAAGCCAAGGAUAUGGGUGGCCAUGAUGUGGGACUUACUGGAACUGCAACUGCCACUAUUCUUAUUGAUGACAAAAAUGAUCACCCACCAGAAUUUACCAAGAAGGAGUUUCAGGCCACAGUAAAGGAAGGAGUCACGGGUGUAAUAGUAAACUUAACUGUUGGUGACCGAGAUGACCCAGCAACUGGAGCAUGGAGAGCUGUCUACACUAUUAUUAACGGAAAUCCGGGGCAGAGUUUUGAAAUCCAUACCAAUCCCCAGACUAAUGAGGGAAUGCUCUCUGUUGUCAAACCUUUAGACUAUGAGAUUUCAGCAUUUCACACGUUGCUGAUAAAAGUUGAAAAUGAAGAUCCGCUGAUUCCAGACAUAGCCUACGGCCCCAGUUCCACAGCAACAGUUCAGAUCACUGUUGAGGAUGUGAAUGAAGGCCCUGUUUUCCACCCAAACCCAAUGACAGUGACAAAACAAGAGAACAUCCCUAUUGGCAGUAUUGUGUUAACAGUAAAUGCCACUGAUCCAGACACUUUGCAGCAUCAGACUAUCAGGUAUUCGGUUUACAAGGAUCCAGCAAGCUGGCUAGAGAUUAAUCCCACCAAUGGUACUGUUGCCACCACUGCUAUCCUGGAUCGGGAAUCUCCUCAUGUUCAGAACAACAUAUACACUGCUCUCUUUUUGGCAAUAGACAGUGGUAACCCUCCUGCUACAGGUACAGGAACUUUACACAUCACCUUGGAGGACGUCAAUGACAAUGUCCCAUCCCUUUACCCAACACUGGCAAAAGUCUGCGAUGACGCUAAAGAUCUCAGAGUAGUGGUACUAGGAGCAUCAGACAAAGACCUCCAUCCCAACACAGACCCGUUUAAAUUUGAACUGAGUAAGCAAUCUGGCCCAGAAAAAUUGUGGAGAAUCACGAAGCUUAACAAUACUCAUGCCCAGGUUGUCCUGCUUCAAAACCUGAAAAAGGCCAAUUACAACAUCCCAAUCUCAGUGACAGAUUCUGGAAAACCACCUCUGACUAACAACACAGAACUGAAAUUACAAGUGUGUUCCUGCAAGAAAUCCAGAAUGGACUGCAGUGCGAGUGAUGCGCUUCAUAUCAGCAUGACUCUUAUCCUUCUUUCACUCUUCAGUUUAUUUUCUGUUCAGCUAAAUUGAUCAGAUUAGAGCAUCAGAGAAAAGUAUUUCCAGACUGCAGGUCUGUAAGAACUCCUGACAUUUGAAGCUGUCCUACCGAGUUGCCAUGGCAACGAGAAAAAAGAAAACGUCAGAUCUGAAGACUGCAGUUUACAGUUACUGUUCUUCACUACUAGGCCUCAGUUGCUCCAGAUUCAGUUUAAUUUGCAACCUCACUUAAUCUGUCCGACUAUACAUUGGUGUUUGACAGCCUCUGCCCUAACUUCCAUUUAUUAAUGGAUUCCUCUUGCAAGAUGCAAGGUUUAUGCGAAUUUUCACUGAAUGUUAAAAGACCAUGACAUCUAAACUUGACCUUUGGGGAGGAGAAAACAGAUUGACUCCAUUUUUUCUAACUGUUGACUUGUUGCUAUUCAACUGUUCAGAAAAUAUUUUGUCUGUGGGUUAGUAUUUGUAUAUGUAUGAGUGUAUGUAUAUAUAUAUAUAUUUAUAUGGAGAGAAGAGUUAUAGGACUGGUUUAGCUUUUAUAAAAUAUUCAUCUGGAACGUGCAACUGACAAAGCAGAGUAAAUACAGCCACAGAUGAAUCAUAACUAUUUGACAUGGCUAAACCUACUGUACUUGCUGUUUAUAGUGUGGCCAGAAGGAGAGCCUAUUGCAGUCAUACCACUGAAAAAAGCCACUUUGUUGACACCAAAUAAAGGCAGGCCCAGGGCUCUGCAGCAUCACUUCUUGUACCUCAGGUUCAGCAAACAGGAAAUGCAAGUCCCCCUGGCUUGCUUCUGAUCCAGACUUCUCACCUUAUGCCCCAAAACUGAAUUUAAGACUCAGCAGGAGCACAGCUCUUCAUCUCAGUGCCAGGAAGGUACACGAGCCCAGAUUUGUGAGGCAAGGGGAAGCACUCAGUGCAACCAGCACCGUAUGGUCACCACCUACAGCAAUGGGACAUGCUGGGCUGAUUUUAAAGGGGCUUCCUGUAUGCUCUUGCAGAUAAUUAUUUGCUGGGGCAGUUUACAAAAUUUAAGCCCUUUGUCAGUUCUGCAGACAAAGUAGGCAUUGUCUGCAUAUGAGAAGCUGAUUCUAACAGCAAAAUCAAGGUGCUUCUCAGAAGCACUGGCCUCUCUCUCAGCCUCUGCAUUACACGUAUCAGUGCAAGGAGAAAAACAGAUGCCCUAUUAUCUAAGUGUAUUCACACAUAUCUAUAGUUUUGAAUAUAUAUAUACAUACAUACACGUGUACACACAGUUUCCAGUUAAGAGUAACAAGAGCAUUUCUUUGUGUGUGUAAACUUACCACACUUGUUUGCAGACAUGGGGAAAAAAAGGGUGUUCGUUACAUAUGACUAUGAAUCCUUUUUUAUUCUGUGAGCAUGUAAGGUUUAAAAAAAAACUUAACUGUAUCAAGAUGAUCAUCUUGUUAAUAAAUUGUAAAUGAUCCAUCAAAGCUCACACCAAAUUUUUAUAAAAUUAACACAAAAAAAGUAUACUAGUGACAGACUGUGGCUUUUAUUAGAGCUUGCCAGUAACUAGGGUAAGGUAAGUGUCUUAGAAUAUUUUAAUAAACUUGCUUAUUUAAAGUUUAAACAAGAAAGCUUCCUUAUGCAAUAGUACUUUGCAGCUGCAUUCUUUAGUUAGCAUUUUUACAGUACCUAUGAAUCAUACUGUAUGUUGUCCUUACUACAGUGAAAUUAUGAGCAUAUCUUCCACACCACAUAUAUGUUUCAAUAGUAAAGUUUUUUGGAAGCAUUAAAAAGUCCAAACAUGCAUUGAGUUUUCCAUAACGCUACACUAGAUAUUAAAUGUGUGUUGGUGGUUAAAAAUUGCUGUACAAUAGCUUUUCUCUGACUUCCUGUAUUGUACCAAAUAUGACAACCAUUUUUUGUUUGUUUUUGUUUUUUAAAUCAAAAGUAAUAACAACGGCAACAGAGGGAAAAAAGUUUGUGUUGUGAACUUCCCUAGCGCUGUAAAUUUCCUGGUGAGAUACAAGCUGUCUUCACACAGGAACCAAUUCUCUCUUCCAGUGACUCCUGCAGUCCUGCCCACGUGGAAUCUCCCACUGACCUUGCUUCUCUAGCAACAGCUCUGCACGUUUCACUUAGCAAAGCAGUGCUGUAAGGUGAGUGGGAGCUUCUACCGAGCAAGGGCUCCAGGAGCAGGCAGAGAGGCAGCCACAGGCAUUCCAACAAGAAGUGCCUGACCUCAGACACGAACACGGGCGUGCUUCUAGUUUGCUUUCGUUGCCCUUACCUCAUAGUAACCACGGGCUGCUGCUUUGUCAUCAGCAAUCACAGCUUUUUAAAAAUAAAAUUUUUAUGCAAAGUUUUCAAAAGGAAAAACCAACGAAUUCAUAACACCACUGGAUUUUCAGGAUACAUGUUUAAUGAAUGAAUCCAAAUGAACCCAAAGAUGAACUGCACCCUCUGCUUUAAUCUACAAAACCUCUAUCUUGAAUAAAAGAGAUUAUAAUAUUCUCCCCCUGCAAAUGCUCUUUUUCUACUUGCUUUCUUCCUCUUCCUUUCCAGCAAAACCCACCUCUGGAAAGACACCCAUUGACAUUAGUGUCAUCCCAAGUACCAGAUAAAGAUACCCUUUUCUAAUUUAAACCAAGGUUCACACAGUAUUUGGUGAAUCAUUCCAAGGGCAUCCAAAACCAAGAACAAAGAAAAAUUUCUUCUGCCUGGAACUGCACUAACAAUGGGAAGACUUUUACUACCAAUCUGUGCCCGAGGACAAGAGAUCUUUCUUCUCGGAUAAUACUGCAACCUUUUGACACAUAGAAAAGUCAGUACAAUGGCUGAAGCUCUGAAUCGAGAUGCAUCAAAGCCUUCACUCACCAAUACCACUAUUUCUCCAGACAAACUAAAGCCUCCCAGCCUUUACAGUGCAUCUCUAGGCUUCUGACUGAGCUAAUUACUGGACUACCUAAGCACACAAAGAAGAUGAAGCUGCCAUGUUAAUGUUUCCUCUGAAAAACCUGAAACCUGUACCUGAGAACCAACCCUUUUUAAUAAGCAAUCGUGUCACUUUCUGUGGCAAUAUACAAAUGAGGAACCACAUUAGAAUUUGAGUUUUCUUACCCGAAAAAGAUCGUGGGGUCAGGCUUAAAAAAAUGAUUCUCAUUUCCUGUAACAAAAGAGAACAAAUAAUGUAUUACUUUCUCACAACACUAUGAAAGAAACACAAAAGAAGUUGCAAAAUUAGUUUGUUUUUUUGUUUUGUUUUGUUUAGCACUCGUUCAGCCAUGUUUGCUGGGUUUGUAAUACAGCACUUAUUCCUACCUUACCUGCUUGGUCACUACAACGUUUACUGCAGUUUUUGUACGUUUGCAGACUUUCAGUGCUGACUGGAGUCAGAAAGGCAGUGAACUUGAUUUUCCUUUUGAAACACGCAUAAAACGUCUUGUGCAAAAGUCAUUUCACUUAUAAAAGUAUCUGCUGUUAAAACACAAAUUGGGUAUAACGUUAAUCAGUCAGAGUAUAUUAGCAAGGUAAAGGUCUCCUCUGUGGUGCACUUGCUAACUGAACUCUGUACACCUCAUGCGUGUGCUUGCAAUAUGCCUACGUGCAUUUAUGAAUGUACAUUUUGUUCAGUAACUGCAGGACUGAAGAUUAAAUCUAAGGAAAACCAGCUGAAUUUCCCACUGGUUGGCAAGGAAAAUUAGCUGUGAGCGGAACACUGACUAUUAAGCUUCCUGAGCCCUGUUCCCAUCCCACUUGACACUGGUGUAAAUCAAAGAGCAACUCCGUUACUAGAGUUGUUUGCGCAUCAGUUAGUGACACAAACAAAAAUGUUCAUUUAGACCUCCCCACAUUGUGGUUUUACUGAUGUUCUGCAAACAGUAAAGCAGCAAUAUUUGUCACAGUAUCAUUGACUGCUUAUAUAUAAUUGAAUGUUUUCUUUUGUGACAUACAAAGAAGCCUACAGCCUAGAUGCUUCCCACAGAGCACUCACUUCCUUCACUGAUGACUUUAAUGGGUCCCCAGGGAACCCAACCUGAUUUGAUUUAACCUCUAUUUGAAACGGCUGUGGCCUGUAGUCAAAUAAUUUGUCCCAGUCUCUCAUGUAGUCAUUUAAGUUAGGGAUCCCUGCAAUACAAACCUCAUUUAUUAAAUCAUGGGCUUCAAAUUACAUCAUAGGGACCUAGCUUAAGUGCUCACUAUAACAGAGCGAGCAUUUGGAGUUAUAGUAACAACUCUUGCAUCGUUGGUCUUUCCUUUGUGAGGCUCCUUGUUGAGACACUGAAAGAACUGCCAAUCUUUGUCUCAGCUGCUUCCAGCACAGAGAAUUUUGUACACAAGUAAUUUUUUGUCACUAGUUAUCUAAAGGCCAAGUUUCUUUUUGAAUGGAUUUAAUAAUGAUUCAUUUAAUUAAAAUAAAAACCACAAGAUAAAUGAUAUUAAAUAGUCACAUCAUCUUGAGAACAUCAAGCCUAGGACAAAACUCUGAUCCUAUCUUUCCUUUAAUACAUCUUCAGAGACUCAGUUUCUGAGAGAUACACUGUCCAAUGGUGCCAAAAAGAUAAAUAACUAAAAUAAUAAUAUUUUUUAUCAAUUCUAUGACCUACAAUAUAUAGAGUUAACAUACAAAGUAUUUCAGCAGUAGUUGCAACAGCUAUUCUAUUUAAAGCAGGUAUAGCUGACUGUUUUACUUUGUCAAGCAUACAACCAUUGACCACACUGUUUUCACAUCAGGAUAUGCUAGUUGGUUUGUAUUUGUCCGAAUGGAAUGGAUAUAUUCAUCCACUCUUGGUGGAAAGUUGUUAGUUGCACAAUUGCUAUGUGUGUGUAUAUAUGUAGAUAUAUAGAGAUAUACACAUACAUAUAUAAAUAUAUAUAUAUAAUAUAUGCAGAUGGAGACUAAUACAACAUGGGGACUUGAAAUAAGCAGUUUAAUCCCAUGAAUCAUGAAUGAACACAAGUUAAGGAACAGCUUGGGUGAUGUAUGCUAAACCAGUUUCAUUUUUAAAGGAAAAAAAAAUAACCCACAACCAAAAAAACCCCACACUGAAAUCCAGGCUUAUUCCAACUCCCAUGUUGUACUUAUGCUAACCUUUAGUUGUCCUCGCUUAAUAAAAUUUAUAUCAUUUGAAGAUAUUUAUAAUUGUUUACUGACUCAUUUUUAGUUGUCUGUGUAUAAGUUGGUCAUCAGUAGUGAAAAUGGGAGGAUUUAUAGUCAGAAUAACUGCAUCACUCUGUUUUCAAUGGGACAGCUAUUCAGGAAAGUUUCAUUCAACAUUUGAACAUUGUACUCCUUCUCUGCAUCAAUAAGUGACUGUAUUUGAUGAUUUGGGGCUAAAAUGAAUGUAAAGACAGACGUGUAUGUACAUGCAUGCACAUCCUGUUCAGGACUGUAGAAUGAGAGCAUGUCUGGUGAACUCUGAUGGUGAAUUCAGUACAAACAAGCUGCAUUGUUACUGCCAUUUCAGACAGAAAUCAUAACAAUCUGCCCCAUAACAAUCUCCAAUGUAUCACCAAGAAAUUUUUUAUGUUUUUUUUUUUUUAAGCUCAAACAAGGAGAAAAAUAUUUUUGUUUGAUUUUCAAAGAUACUUAUUUCAGCUACUUUUCCAGUUGUUUCUUUGGGCCCUAGUUGCUGAAUUGCUUGCUGUUUCUGAGGUGUAAAUAAACGUUUUGAUUUAUGA